AUGCUCGACAAAAAUCCAUCAUCACUUCUUUCUUUACCAGUCGAACUUCUUCAUCAUAUUUUUGAUCAUCUUGAUGUGCAAACAGUCCUACUUGCACUCAGUUCUGUAUGUACCCAACUACGAUCAGUGGUAUAUACAUACGAAAGAUACGUGCUUGACUUAAGAUCGAUUUCUAAAAAUGAUUUUUAUCAUAUAUGUUAUUUUAUUCGUCCUAUAAAUGUUAUUUCGCUAAUUUUAUCUGACAACGAAGAUACACCUGGUCAAAGUAAACUAUUUCUCUCCAUUUUCGACAUCCGUCAAUUCAUUCGGCUUCGAUCAUUAGCUUUGUUUCUCAAUGAUGAUGACAAUCUUGGCACUAUUCUAAAUCAUGCAAUCAACUGUUCUCUCAAUUCUCUCGUCAUUGAACGACCAUGUACUCAGACUCAUAGAAAUACAACAUUAAAUGCUCUUUCAUCAAUCAUGACAAAAUGCAGUCUUAGAACACUCACAUGUACAAUUGAUUUAUUGUCAGCAGAUAAAUUUAAAUGGCCUUUACAAUGUACUGUUGAACAUAUAAUAAUUGAUCGUUGUAUGCGCAAACAAUUCUGUCUUAUUCUUGAUAAUUUACCUAAUCUUCGCACUAUUAUCAUUCACAAUUUUAAUUUGGAUAUCAACCAUGAGUGUAAUUAUACACCAACACCACAUCUGCAACUAACUUCGCUUACAAUGAAACAAGUUUUCUUAUCGAUGGAUAAACUUGAGUCAUUUUUUUAUUGUACACCUUCACUCGUUCAUUUACGACUUGAAGGUUCGGCAGACAACAAUUUAUUCGAUGGGUCUCGAUGGGAAAAAUUGAUUCGAACAAAAUUACCAUUACUCAAUCAUUUUGAAUUUUGCUUUCGUUCUCAAAAUUCUCGUAUUAUUAAAUUAAGCACAGUUGAAUUUCGAACCCCAUUUUGGCUCGAAGAAAGACGUUGGCCUGUCAACUUUAUCUAUGAUACUUCAAUGGAAGAACUAUUAGUAUGUUCAAUACCAGAUUUUCUUGAGGAACUUGAAUAUCAAUUUUGUGGUCCCACUAUUGUAUCUACUACUAUGCACAAUAGUACGAUAACCAUGGCUCAUGUAAGUUGA